AUGGACUCUUUCUCUAGCAGUCGGACAGCUGCCCUUAAGAAGCAGCCAAGUCACAUGGAAGCUGCUCAUUUUGGAGACUUAGGCAGAUCGUGUCUGAAUUAUCAGGCUCAAGAGACCAAAUCAAGCCUUUCAAAGACCCUUGAACAAGUUUUGCAGGACAAUGUAGCCCUCCCUUAUUUUAUCCAGUUUAUGGAACUACGUAGAAUGGAACACUUAGUUAAGUUUUGGUUAGAGGCUGAAAGCUUCCACUCCACGACGUGGUCCCGUAUAAGAGCACACAGCCUGAACACAGUCAAGCAGAGUUCCUUGGCAGAGCCAGUGUCACCCUCGAAACAGCAGGAAAUUGCAUCAUCUUCUCCAACUGGAUUGCUUGAGGAGAGACUGGAGGAUUCUAGCACAGUCCAUCUGCUCAGGACCAAGCCAGUGGCUUCGGACAAGAACGACAGAACUAUCAACAGCCCGAAACACGCACUCUCGGCUCAGGAGAGCGACAAUGCGAGUGUUCUUUGUCUAAGCAAAUCUGAGACAGGGACCCAUUCUGUUCCAGCUGAUCAGCAAGAAUCUUCCAAGCUGACCGUCUCAAAUAGAAACAGCCCUUCCUCUGCACUGAGAGACUUGUCAGGAAAACUCAUGAAAAGUAUAGAACGGGAUGCAGUUAGUACUUUUACCAAAUAUAUCUCUCCAGAUGCUGCUAAACCAAUACCUAUUACAGAAGCAAUGAGAAAUGACAUAGUUGCAAAGAUUUGUGGGGAAGAUGGACAAGUGGAUCCGAAUUGUUUUGUUACAGCACAGUCAAUAGUGUUUCAUGCAAUGGAACAAGAGCACUUUAGUGAAUUUUUGCGAAGUCAUCAUUUCUGUAAAUAUCAGAUUGAGGUGCUGACUAGUGGGACUGUUUAUCUGGCUGACAUACUUUUCUGUGAAUCAGCCCUGUUCUAUUUCUCUGAGUACAUGGAGAAAGAAGAUGCCGUUAACGUAUUGCAGUUCUGGCUGGCAGCAGAUAACUUCCAGUCUCAACUUGCUGCCAAAAAAGGCCAGUAUGAUGGGCAAGAAGCACAGAACGAUGCCAUGAUUUUAUAUGACAAGUACUUCUCCCUUCAAGCCACGCAUCCUCUUGGGUUCGAUGACUCGGUGAGGUUAGAGAUUGAAUCCAACAUCUGCAGGGAAGGUGGUCCUCUCCCAAACUGUUUCACUACUCCCUUACGCCAGGCGUGGACUACCAUGGAGACGGUUUUUUUACCUGGUUUCUUGUCCAGCAACCUUUACUACAAAUACUUGAAUGAUCUCAUCCAUUCAGUACGAGGAGAUGAAUUUCCAGGAGGGAAUAUUGCACUGAGUAUUCAUGGCCCCAGUAACUCUCCUGAUAACGAUUCCAUAGGGGGCCCGGAUGGCUCUGCCUCCCAGUCCAAUGUCAAAAAGGCUAAUGUUAAAAUCCUGAAAAAUUUUGAUGAAGCAAUAAUUGUAGAUGCUGCAAGUCUGGAUCCAGAAUCUUUAUAUCAACGAACAUAUGCAGGGAGGAUGACGUUUGGACGAGUCAGUGACCUGGGACAGUUUAUCAGAGAAUCUGAACCAGAGCCUGAUGUCAAAAAAUCAAAAGGGUCCAUGUUUUCACAAGCAAUGAAGAAAUGGGUUCAAGGAAACACAGAUGAGGCUCAAGAAGAGAUGGCUUGGAGGAUAGCAAAGAUGAUAGUCAAUGACGUGAUGCAGCAGGCGCAAUGUGACCAGCCGUCGGAGAAGGUUACCAAGCUAUGAUUUUAGAAACACCAGAACAGGAAAUCUGGUUUUCCGCUUCGAGAAUGAGCGAACUGUCCCUUCUGGUGGGUUCUUUAACACAGCCAAUAAAAACAAAGCACUGUUAACUCCAACCACCAACAUCUCCCUCGUUUGUAAGGAAGAAUUAAAAAGAAGAAGCAAUUCUGUACCUCCACUGUAGAGCCUGAAGGGACACUUUUUCCUGUUGUAUGUGGCAUUCACAAUAAUGAUGGUUUUUAAAGAGAUGAAGACACAGUUGACGAAUGUGUCACUGAGAAACUGUGAUCAGCUUCACAAAUACUUGACCCUGUCUCAAAAAGACUUUUUAGCAAAAUAUCUGGAAUGGGACACAAGCCACAACAAAGAGAAAGAGAGGAAGGUUUUGCUGUAGUUUCUAGUUCUACUACUUGUAAUUUUUAAACACAUAAUUGGGAAGGCUGCGG